AUGGAGAAAACCGAACUUUUCCGCAUCCAUUCCAUGCUCCACCUAAUAUUCCAUCGCAACAGAAACCAGCAUGGCAAGGCAAAAUGGUGGAAAUGGCUUUCUAUCCUGAAGCGAUCUGUAUGGAACCUUGCCCUGACUUUGGGCCCAAGCAACAAAGAGAAUACUCAGCCCUCCGUUGAGACCUGUAAACGAUAUUUGGCAGAUUACAUUGUACCGCGAUGUUACGUGGCCUUCUCGGUAGUCGUAGCAGAUAUUCAGUUUUCAACACUGGGCACCGCGCUUUUUGCUACUCUUUCUGACCUCUCGAAGGUGACAGGGGUUGACAAAGCACUAAAAUCGCGUCCGCGGAGAGGCAUUAACCAUGAGGAUGAUCCUUUACGCUAUAUGGGGGGCCCAAGGAAACAGGAGGAUAUAGGGGAAGCUCUGUCACGAGCUAGAGAGAGAAUGGAUGCUUUUGAAAGUUCUAAGACACAACAAACACCGGUACCGGUUUUGGAAACCACCAUGGUUACCACUUUGAGAGAGGCUAGCGUUGCUAGGGCUUCGGACUCAGGGAAAAAGAAAAAGAGGAAGAAAAAUGCGAUCGACGACAUUUUUAACGGACUGUUAUGA